AUGCCGAAUCGCGGAAGUUUGACAAUAGCCGCUGCAGCGCUGCUGCUCGAGUUAUUGCCGCUCGUGACUGCGCAUGGAGACGGGGCUAGCAUGGACAUGAGCGUACAUGAUGCGCCGGAAUCGCAACCACAGAUUACCGGCUUUGGAGGCUAUUGGAGUCUUUCUGAACAUGCAUCGCUCAUGUAUUGGCACAUAGGGCUCGAGAUUCUAGCCUGGGUUUUCAUUUUGCCAGUCGCAGUGAUGUUCAGCAUCGCUUGUUCAAGAUUUACUCUACCUUCACAACUGGCAUUCCUCGCUACCAAUGCGCUAGCACUUGUGCUCGGCCUUGUAUACGACCACAGGACCCCAGAGAUGUAUGCAGGGAACGCACACAGUAAGACAGGAUGGGCCAUUACCUGGAUCGCAUCAGCAUGGGUGUUUUUGGCUCUCAUUCAGGCCUACGCUAGGAGGCCUGAAUCGCAUUCCAAGGAGGACGAGUUAACGACCGCAAAUAUGCUUAGAUAUCAGCGCGUACACGACGAAGAGCUCCCUGCUCCAUCACGAUGGUCUGGCGAUUCGGGCCAAGGUACAGAACGCAACUCGGCAUCUCUGUACGACCAUUCCCAGUCUCCUAGCGUAGAAUCGGAAAACCAGCAAUUCCCUGGCCCUGUACGAAAGCCUACACACGAUGAUGACUCUUUCGGGGACGGCGACGAGGACGACGAGAAGCGCGGCUUUCUUCACAAUACUUCCAUAGAUCAUUUCUUCUCCCGCAAUGUGGCUCGCUUUGCAGUUGGACGAACACUCCAGGCAAUCCGCCUCCUCUACGUGAUGGUCGAGCGCACAAUACUAGUGCAGGGUUUUGUGGGAAUAGUCAGCGGUGCUGUCGUCUAUGGCGGUAUCGGGAGAGGAGGCGCGGUUUUCAACGUUUUGGCACACACAGUAAAGGGAGGGAUCUUCUUUCUAUAUGGCUUCCUCACACUCGGCCGAUGGAUGGGUGCAUUUGCAGAUUUCGGUUGGGCAUGGAACGUUAAGCCAACAAAAGAAGUUGUCGGUCGUCGGAAGGCGGCGCUACCGUCGGCAGAGUUUACCGAAUCCUUCGUCAUCUGGCUUUACGGCUGUACGAACGUAUUCCUGGAGCACCUGGCUGCGUGGGGCGAUGCAUGGACCGCUCAGGACCUGGAACAUGUGUCAAUCUCAGUUAUGUUCUUUGGUGGUGGUUUGUUGGGCAUGUGCAUCGAGUCGACAAGAGUGCGAGACCUUCUCAACAGCGGAGUGGUCGCGUCACAAGCAACCUCGCUGCAGAAUGAAUCCUGGCAACAGCCAAGCCAAUACCGCUUCUCCAUGAACCCACUUCCAGCCCUUAUCAUUAUGCUGCUCGGCAAGAUGAUGAGCUCUCACCACCAAAGCUCAAUGGUCUCGACCAUGAUCCAUACCCAAUGGGGCAGCAUGUUCAUGGCGUUCGCUUUGGCCCGUGGUCUGACCUACAUUACUCUGUACAUCUCACCACCGACUUCCUUCCUUCCGUCCCGACCACCUACGGAAAUUAUCACCGCCUUUUGUCUGAUUUCGGGUGGUAUCACCUUUAUGGUCAGCAACAAGGAUACCGUUGCAGCUCUUGAAUCGUAUAACCUCGAUGCCAUGUUCAUCUUUACGGUUGUCAUGGGCCUUACCGCACUCCUCAUGGCUUGGACCACAGUGGUCAUUGCUAUCAAGGGGUGGGCUUUACGAAAAGAGAGCAGCAGCCAGCAUGCAAAGCGCUAUGCUGGAGUGUUGGCGUGA